AUGGCCACUCACGCAAACCCUAAUACUGCCCUUUUCGUUUCCCAAAAGUACAUAUAUAAUCCCUAUCCCGCCGCUUCAAGCUCUCUUUAAAGUUCUGAAUUUCACCACAUAUCCGCAAUCUCCUAACCCUAAUCCUACCAGCCAUGGCUGAAAGACCAGGAGGUGAGCGAGGCGGCUUCCGUAGAGGAUUUGGUGGAGGAAGAGCCGAUCGAGGCGGAAGAGGCGAUCGUGGUGGAAGAGGACGCCGCCGUGCCCGUCGUGAGGAGGAGGAGAAGUGGGUCCCUGUUACGAAGUUGGGCCGUCUGGUCAGGGAAGGAAAGAUCCGCAGCUUGGAGCAAAUAUACCUCCACUCCUUGCCAAUCAAGGAGCACCAGAUUGUUGAUACUCUGGUAGGUCCUUCUCUCAAGGAUGAGGUCAUGAAGAUCAUGCCCGUCCAGAAGCAGACUCGGGCAGGGCAGAGGACCAGAUUCAAGGCCUUCGUGGUCGUCGGAGACGGCAACGGGCAUGUGGGGCUCGGAGUUAAGUGCUCCAAGGAGGUGGCGACUGCUAUCAGGGGUGCUAUUAUUCUGGCGAAGCUUUCGGUGAUUCCUGUAAGGAGAGGGUACUGGGGGAACAAGAUCGGGAAGCCACACACUGUGCCCUGCAAGGUUACUGGAAAGUGUGGGUCAGUCACUGUCAGGAUGGUGCCUGCUCCUCGUGGUGCCGGGAUUGUCGCUGCUAGAGUGCCGAAGAAGGUGUUGCAAUUCGCUGGGAUAGAUGAUGUCUUCACUUCUUCAAGAGGCUCUACCAAAACUCUUGGCAACUUCGUCAAGGCCACUUUUGAAUGUCUUCUGAAAACAUAUGGUUUCUUGACACCUGAUUUCUGGAGGGAAACACGUUUCACCAAGUCUCCUUUCCAGGAAUAUACUGAUAUCUUGGGAAAGCCAACUAAACCCCUCAUUCUUGAUGAGGUUGAGAAAGUAGAACCAUAAGAGUGAUUGGAAGUUGCCUGUCUUAGUUUUGCAAGAGUUGCUCGAAUGAGUUACCCUGUAAGUUAAGACAAUAAGUACUAUUUUUUUGUUACUAUUUUCUCUUUUGGGAGUUUUUGACAUUUGGUAUUUUCAUAUUUUGUUUAUCACUGUCCUGUUAUUAUUUUAGGCCUAACUAAAUGGGCUUGCUGUCACAUGGAUCUUGUUUUAUGUUUUUCCAUUAUGGUUUUGUUUACCUGAUUGUUCUGCUUUAGUUGUUUUGCA